AUGGAAUCCACUCCGUCGCUUGCAUCCCGGAUCCGGGGCUCCUUCCUCGGCCUCGCUGUCUGUGACGCCUUAGGUGCCCCGGCCGAAUUCCACGCACGCGGAAGUUUCCCCGCCAUCACCAGCAUGCAGGCCAACCUUAACUUCAAGCUGGGUCCUGGGUAUUUCACUGACGACACCUCUAUGGCCCUCUGCCUAGCACACUCUUUUCUUGAAAAGGGCCCGACUGGCAACAGCGUCGAUCAAGCACGCAAGUAUCUCGCGUGGUAUCGGACAGGCUACCAGUCUUCCACGGGACGGUGUUUCGACAUCGGCAACUUGACUCGAGAUGCUUUGGGCGUGUGGAAGCACGCCGUCGUCGUUAACAGCCAAUACGGUCAAGACGGACCUUCACCUGACGCAGCCAAAGACCAGGCGGCGAUACAGAGCGCCCGUGCCACCAUAGAGAAACGCUUUAAUCAAGACCGAUACUGCAGUAAUGGCAGCCUGAUGCGCGUGUUGCCUGCUGGGCUUCAGUUUGCCCUAGAUCUCCCCACCGCUAUCAAAGCCGCAGCAGACAGCUCCAGGGUCACACACCCUCAUCCACUCUGCAUAUUAUCCUGCGCGCUCUACACGAUCCUCAUCGCGCAAUCCUUGCAAGAACCCUCCAUCACGAAGGACAGCCUUGUCGGCUAUUUAUCAGACUACGUCUCUGCGGUGAAAGAUGCAAUGGGUCGCUUCACCUCCGAAUCCAAAUCCAAACUCGAAGGUCGCCGCUUCUUGGAACGUUUCGAACCAUACACCACCGUCAGCUCCUUUCACGACAAAGGCGCCCAGAAGAUCUGCACCUCGGGCUAUGUGCUGGAUAGCCUGGAGGCGGCUCUGUGGGGGUUCUUUAUUACCUCGAGUUUUCGAGAGGGUGCCAUUAAGCUCGUGAACCUGGGCGGUGAUGCUGACACCGUGGGUGCUGUCUACGGCGGGCUAGCGGGCGCCUUUUACGGCCAUGAAAAGAUACCCGUGGAGUGGUUACGGGAUAUGAAAAGGUUGGACUUGGUGGAGGAAGUUGUGGGCAAGCUCGUUAAAGUGAGGUCGGAAGAAGACAAGGAGGAUGUGAGCAGAGACGUGAGGGAAAGGAUAAAAGCGGGCGUGGAUGUGCUCGGCCUUUGGGGCUGA